AUGACAUUAUUCAGUAUACAUGUACGUAUUAAUUUUAAAGCAUAUUUUGACAGGAAAAAUAGUGAUAACAAAGGAUUAGUUGAAAGGACUUAUCGAUUACUAGUAAAACAUAAACAUAAAAAGUAUUCAAAUAUUAUAUGGACGAAAGAUAAGAUACCAAAUCAUGAAGAGUACCCGAAAAAAUAUACAUUUAAUAAUGAGAAAGUAUGUAAAGAUAAAAAUAAGUACCCCAAUAAAAGAUUAUUAAGAAAUUCAGGACGGCAUGAACAAUCUAGAAAAUGCAAAUAUUCUACUUGCACAGAGAGACAAAAACAUUUUAAAAAAAGAAUACUCGACAAAAUAUAUUAUAAAAAUAAACUUUGGAAUACUACGAAUUCUGAUUUUUCUUUUUUAAGAAAUAGUAUAAAACUAAAACAAAAUGUUCUUUAUACAUUACCUUUCUUUCCUAUAAUAGUUGGAAUAAUACUAGCAGUUAUAAUAUUUUUAAAGUAUAUACCAAAUACUUAUAGCAAUGAAAUCUCAUUCUUUUGGUAUGAUCUAACCAUGAUAGGAUUUUCUAUAUUCUCUUUUAUAUUUAUAAUAGUUAUGAUUUACAUUUUCAAAAUAAUUGUAAAAAAUGUAAAAUUAUUACAUAAAAAACAUGAAUUGCAUAAUACAGCAUAUUCUUCCGCCCAUAAAGUAAUAUCUUAUGGCAAUAAAAAUCUAUAA